AUGGAGGCCAUGAACAUGCACCAAGAAGGCGCCCCCCACGGCUGCCCCAGCCUGGCCUCCAACCCCAACUUCGUCUGCGUCACUGCCAAAUCUGCCCAGGGCAGAGCCCAGUUUGCGCUGCCUCGGGAAACGACCAUCCGGCAGUUCAAGGAGGGGCUUUCCAAGCACUUCCAGUGUGAGAGACGCCAGUUGGUGCUGGUCUUCUUCGGGAGGAUCUUGAAGGACCAGUGCACCCUCCAGCAGUGCGGGAUCAGUGAUGGGAUGACCGUCCACCUGGUCAUCCGGUCCCCGAAGGGAGGCCCAGAAGACCCUACUCAAUCAUCCUACAUGCCCAGGACCCCAAGCUGCACCCUGGCACCAACCGGCACCAGCCUGACCCUGCCGGCUUUGAAGCCAACCUGCCAUGGUUCUUGGGGCCCCCCAGAGUGGCACCAGAUGCCAACCUCCGAGAUGGUUGUUCAGAAGGUACGGCAGCUGAUCUUGGCCAACCCAGAGAUCCAGCAGCUGGCUCAGCAGUUCCCUGCCAUCUGCCACAUCCUGAACAACAUGGGCAUCAUGCGGGUGAUCUUGGACAAGAUGAGAGAAAUCAUGGACCUGGCCAAGAACUCUGACGUGGAGCAGGACCUGAAGAACCCGGAGCCACUCCUGCUGAGCGUUCAGAGCAACACUCCCGGUGGAGACAACCCCUUGAGGCAACUCAACAGUGAGGUCCAGGAGCCAGGGCUGAAUGCGGGCCAGGGCCCCCUUGCCACCCCCAGCCCUUACGUCACCCUGGCCCGGAACCCUUCUGCAGAACACAAGGCCAGGGACGGCGAGGGAGGAGGCUCCCUGUGCUCCGACUCUUUCCCCAUCUCCAACAGCUACGGGAGGUUUUGCACCAACAACUCGAGCAACGAGGAAGGCGGCCUCUUCAACAGCCUUCCCGGCCUCCUUGGGUCUUCCCUGCCCAGCCUUGGGCCCAACCCCGGGGCAGGAGCGGGUAACGUGGGGGGCGUCCAGGCCCUGAUUGUCAACCUCUGCAACGCUUACACCCAGCGUGCGAUGCUCUCCCUCAUGCAGAACGCCCUGCUGGCCAACGAAGGGACGCAGGGCCCCCACCAGGACCACGUCCAGCAGCAGCUGCAGAGCUUCUACCGGCAGAUGCAGAGGCCAGAGAUGGUGGCCGCCUUGUCCAGCCCAAAGGCCAUCCAGGCCUGGGUGCAGAUGGAGCAGGGCCUGCAGAUGCUGAGGGAGGAAGCCCCGGUGCUCCUACCCUGGUUCCUGCUGCACAUGAAGGGCCUAGGGCUCACCUCUGCGCCGGGAGCCCUGGCCGCCGGCUCUCCCUCGGAAGAACUACCGGCUGUUCUGGAGUAG